GUGCUGGCAUUGGCAUUGGUUUCUAUGGAAAUAGUGAAACAAAUGAUGGUGUAUAUCAAGUGACCUACUCCCUUAUGAAUGCCAACCACACACUGACCUCCAUUGCCUUGCUGAUCUCAGACACAGUGCAGCUUCUUAGCUCUGUAGUGAAGAGUGACCUGACUCAGCUGGAGGAGAUCUUUUCGAAGCGCACAGAUUUCCUAGUCAUCGUUCGGAACACCAGGCGGGAAGUGGAAUCAGUGGCUCAGAAUUUGGCAGACCUGUCUUUCUGGAAGGGAGUUGAUCUAAAUCUAAAUGUGAUGGCAGAGCAAAUUAAUUUCAUUGAGGAUUACAGGUGGUUGGCUUACAUUCUGCUGCUGCUCUUGGAUCUGAUUAUCUGUCUUUUUCACCUUACUGGGCCUGGCCAAGCAGAUCAAGUGGCUUGUAAUUGUAAUGACUGUGGUGAGCUUCUUUGUGUUGUUGCUCAGCUGGGGAUCCAUGGGACUUGAGAUGGCUACAGCUGUGGGAUUAAGCGAUUUCUGUUCGGAUCCAGAUGCGUAUAUGAUGAAUCAGACUCAGGUCAUUACAAACAUCAGUCCAGAUAUUUUAGAGUAUUACAUUACAUGUAACCAGGAUGUAACAAACCCCUUCCGGCAGAAAUUGACCAUGUCACAGAGAUCUCUGUCCAACAUUCAUCCUCAGCUUCACGGUUUGGAAAAAGAAGCAAUACCACAAUUUCCAACAGCAGAAAAAAAUUUACUAGUGGUCCAGGCCAUGCUGAAUACAACAGAGGGAAAUUUUCAUCAUUUGGUUGCUUUGCUGAAUUGCCGAGGCCUUCAUAAGGACUAUGUGGAUGCUCUGAAAGGGCUUUGCUAUGAUGGAAUGGAAGGCAUCUUGUUUCUGCUUCUAUUCUCUUUUCUCUCGGCUCUCUCCUUCACAGCUGCCAUAUGCAGCCUGCCUCGUGCAUGGAAGCGUUUCCAGAACAGGGACCUGGACUAUGAUGACAUGGACGAGGAUGACCCAUUUAACCCCUCAGGCACGUAGAGAGAUGCUCCGCACAGCAGGCAGACCUCACCUGCCCAGUUUCUAUAGUUACAGCAGUAGCUGCGGCAGCCACAACAGCCUGCGGGUCUCGGCCCCGCCUAUUUCCAACGCCCCCGUCUCACAGUACAUGAAUCAAAGCGGUUUGUUCAGUGGCAAUCCUCGAUAUGAAAAUGUCCCAUUGAUUGACAGGCAGUCCCCCCCCCUUCGUACUCUCCUAGCAUGCGAACAUCCUUCAUCAGUGCAUCCCAAGAAGAGACCAAUACACAUUGUCGAACAGACCCUGUAUCCUAG